AUGAAUGGAAUUUUCGCCAUCGAGAAGCCAAGUGGCAUUACUUCAAAUCAGUUCAUGAUGAGAUUACAACAGAUCUUGAACAAUAGUCAUGUAUUCUCUAAGGAUAUACAAAGGGCUACCGCUGAAAGAAUGAAGCAGUACCAGGAGGAGACAGGUAAGAAAGCUAGUAAGAGAAAACUGAGGAAAGUUUCCAAGGUAAAGAUGGGUCAUGGUGGUACAUUAGAUCCAUUGGCGUCUGGUGUUCUUGUGAUUGGUAUUGGUACCGGAACGAAAAAAUUGGCAGAAUACUUAUCAGGAACGGUUAAGGUUUAUGAGAGUGAAGCCCUCUUUGGGGUAUCGACUACAUCUGGUGAUGUGGAAGGUGAAAUUCUAUCGAGAAACUCUGUAAACCAUUUAAGGAUGGAAGAUUUAAAGAAAGUUGAGGAAAAAUUUGUAGGUUCACUAAAGCAGACACCGCCCAUUUAUGCGGCGCUUAAAAUGGAUGGUAAGCCAUUGCAUGAAUAUGCCAGAGAGGGUAAACCUUUGCCCAGGGCAAUUGAACCUAGACAAGUGACAGUUUAUGAUUUACAGGUCAUGAAUGAUUCUUUGACGAAAAGUCAUGAUUACCCAUUGAUGAGGCCUUCAGGUGAAGCGAUAGAGACAUUACAAAAAUUGAACGCUAGCAUGUUGGAUGAUACUCUUUAUUUUUCAAAGGAAUACUGUGAAAAGCAGGGUUGGGAUAAUGAAGAGGCUCGUGUAGAAAAACCAAUUCCUCUGACUGAACAAGAGUCUGAAGAAAUUGAAAAGCAAGGUGAUAAGUAUCGUGCGCCAUUAUUGCAUUUUAAGUCAAAAGUUUCCUCUGGGACGUAUAUUCGUUCCUUAAUCAGUGAUAUUGGUAAGGCAAUGAUGAGUUCAUGUUACAUGGUUAAAUUGAUUAGGGUUCAACAGAAAGAUUGGUCGCUGGAAAGUCAAAACGUUUUCCAAUUGACAGAUUUCACCGAUAGAGAUGAAAAAAUAUGGAGUAAAGUUUUGGGUUUGGUCUUGGAAAAGGGAUCUGAGGUUAACAUAGCGGAUGAAUUCUUGAAAGCACAGAAGGAAUCUGAACAAGAGGCAAAAACUCUAGAAACGCAGCGUGAAGAAGAUGCAAAUGAAACUUUACUUAAUGAGGAGAACCAAAAGGAAACAGAUGAGGAAAGAAAAUCUGUUAAAAGAACUGCAGAUGAAUUGGAAAAGACGGAAUGA